GCAUGGAAAUAAAUCAUAAUAGGAGCAUCUCUCUCCAAAUCUCAUCAUACAAAAUUUGUACCAAUGCAAGAAGUUGCGUGAGCUUUUUGCUCAGCCCAUUUCCAAAAACUCUCAUUUCCACCCCCAGGCCUGACACGCGACGCCACAGCCCAUCAUCGGCGAAUCCUCUAACCCAUUUGCUCCGUUUCCAGUCGCACUAAUGUAAUCUUAUACCGUAGAUAAUCGCCGCCCUGUCCACCGACGUCUUUUCUCUCCAUCUCAACUCCCCAUUCUUACUCUCUUUUCGCGCCUUUUUUAUUUUUUGUUUAUUUGCACUCGAGACAAACAGGUUUGGCGUCAGUGCUGACGACCUGUCUUUGGCCGCGUGGCCGUUGUUCCGCACGCCCGAUCAUCGAGACAUUUUUACGUCCCCUGAUUACAGACCCUGAGUUGAUUGACAUCAACGCCGGAAGUGCAGGGCAUUAUAGUACCACCAUUCAACAAUGUCGAAUGCAACAUUAGCGUUUGGGUUUCCGCCUCUACCGGAAUACACCCUCAAGCCGCUCCCGCCCCUUAUUCCUUCUAUUCCCGACAAGCUCUUGAUUCUGAUUCUCCCGGUCGCCGCUUACUGGAUCGUCUCUCUGACAUGGCACUUUAUCGACGUGAACGACUAUCUCUCCAAGUAUCGACUACAUACGCCUGCUGAAGUUCUCAAGCGCAAUCAUGCAACUAGAUGGGAGGUGCUCCGCGAUGUUUUGCUGCAACAAGUUGUCCAGACGGCUUUUGGGAUAGCGAUGGCAGCGGUAGAACCAGACGAUGUUUUCGGCAAGGAGGACUACGACAUUGCAGUGUGGGCGAGAAGACUUCGAGGAGCCCAGAGAUUGAUCCCUAAUCUGUUGUCUCUAUUCGGAGUUGAUGCCCUUGGCUCAGCUAGCAAGCUGGGCGCCGCCCAUCCGAUCCUCGCAGGCGCCCUGUCAGGCGGCAAUUAUCCGUCCUUGACUCAGACCAUCAUGAUGGCUACUGGAGAAGAAGCUGUUGUGCCGGCGUUUGCAAACUGGGAGUUGACUGUCGCAAAGGCUAUCUACUGGGUGGGAAUCCCGGCUCUGCAGUUCUUCUUUGGUGCCCUCAUCAUCGAUACUUGGCAAUACUGGUUGCACCGAAUCAUGCACACCAACCCAUGGCUCUACUCUCACUUCCAUUCUCGUCACCACCGUCUAUACGUUCCGUACGCCUAUGGAGCUCUUUACAACCACCCUCUGGAGGGUUUCCUCUUGGACACACUUGGAACCGGUAUUGCCUACAAGGUCGUGAAUAUGACAACUCGCCAAGGAAUGUGGUUUUUCACUGGCUCAACCAUCAAAACCAUUGACGACCAUUGCGGAUAUGCCUUGCCUUGGGAUCCAUUGCAGUUCCUGACUUCCAACAACGCCGGCUACCACGACAUUCACCACCAAAGCUGGGGUAUCAAGACCAACUUCUCUCAGCCAUUCUUCACCUUCUGGGACCGGCUGCUCGGGACUCAGUGGACAGGCGGCGACGUUUCCGCCCGCUACGAGCGCUCUCGUCUUGCCGCUCAGACCAAGUCCGACGGCAUUUACAAAGAUGAAAUCAAGAAGGCGACGCAUCUCGCACAGCAAAAUGGCGUCUUGCCUUUGGUUCCUGAAGGCAAGGCAACCAAGCAAGCAGUCGGCUCGCGCGAGCAAGUGCUUCAGGACCGAGAGCGAGGCGGUGCUCAAGUCUUGGCCGAGGAGACUGCUGAAGAAAAAGCUGCCAAAGCUGCCGUAGCUGCAGUGGGACGGUAG